GAGAGCAGAGGAGCGCACAGCGCACUGGACCUCCCACAGAACCCUCUUAUCCUCUCUUGCUGCUUCUCUUAUUUUCUCAUUUUUAAUGGAUGUUUAGAAAAAACGUUGGCGCACUUUAUUCCUUCUAGUAUUUUUAUUUUCUUCACAGCAUGACUGCUGCCGUCCUUUUGACAGAUUUGACUUGAUCCAACACAACAGAAAAAGCGAAAUGGAGCCGUUUACAAUACAAGAUAUGCUUAUAAACUCAACGGAUCUCAAUAAGAUUUUGUGCAAUUUCGGAAUCAAUAUUUCGGAGUGCGACGGUGAGCGGGACUUGUCACCUGAACCUCAAGACAUCAACCAGACCGUCCGCAUCGUCCUCUACAGCCUCAUCUUCCUCCUCAGUGUCCUGGGGAACAGCCUCAUCAUCGCCGUCCUGGUGAGGAACAGGCGCAUGAGGACGGUCACCAACCUGUUCCUGCUGUCCCUCGCCAUCAGUGACCUCUUGGUCUCCCUGGUGUGCAUCCCCUUCACGCUCAUCCCCAACCUCAUGAGGGACUUCAUCUUCGGCAUCGGCAUAUGCAAGCUGGUCAUGUACUUCAUGGGUGUCUCCGUAAGCGUUUCUACCUUCAACCUGGUGGCUAUCUCCCUGGAGCGCUACAGCGCCAUCUGCAACCCGCUGACCUCCAGGGUGUGGCAGACCAAGUCCCACGCUGCCAAGGUCAUCAGCGCCACCUGGGUGGUUUCCUUCCUACUGAUGCUGCCCUACCCCAUCUCCAGCACCCUCAAGCCCUUCACCCGCCUCAACAACAGCACCGGACACAUGUGCCGCCUUGUGUGGCCCAACGACGCCAUCCAUCAGUCCUGGUACGUGUCUCUGCUGCUGAUGCUCUUUCUGAUCCCCGGCAUCGUCAUGAUGACGGCGUACGGACUCAUCUCCUUGGAGCUCUACCGGGGGAUCAGGAAUGAGCUGUCCAGCAGGAAGUCCAGAGACAGACAGUCCAGCACCGGCAGCAUCAAGCCGGGCGACAGCGACGGCUGCUACCUGCAGCCGUCUAAGAGGAAGAGCUUGAUCCUGAGCGGCAGCGGCUACGGGAACUCCAGCAGGGAGCCCGCGGUGGGGCGCGUGUGCGGCAGCAGCUCCACCUCCAAUCUCAUGGCCAAGAAGCGCGUGAUCCGCAUGCUCCUCGUCAUCGUCUUCCUCUUCUUCCUGUGCUGGACCCCCAUCUUUGUGGUCAACGCGUGGCAGGCGUUCGACCGGCGCUCGGCGCACCGCCUGACCGGGGCCCCGAUCUCCUUCAUCCACUUGCUGUCCUACACCUCGGCCUGCGUCAACCCCAUCAUCUACUGCUUCAUGAACAAGCGUUUCCGCCAGGGCAUGCUGGCCACCUUCACCUGCUGCAGCUGCUUCCGGCGGGGCGCCGCCAGGAGCAGCAGCUUAGGGAGGUCCGCUGGAAGCAGAACCACCAAGGGGGACGACGGCAGGACCAGAGCCGAGCAAAACGGUCACACUCCCCCGAGCGGAGCCAGCACUCGCUUCACCUACACCGGCAUCCGCGACUCGGCCUGGAGCGAGCUGACGUAGCUCGGACCGAGGCGUCUGUUGCGUGGGAGCACUGGCGCGAGUGCAAACACAUGAAGGGAAUCUGCGGCGCGUUGUAAAGUCCUGACAGUGCUUACAGGCCUAGUUUAUGAGCUGCUACGGUACUUUAGCCCAGUGUGACGUGACAUGGAUAAUUUGGUUUACCGCAGAGCGGUGCUGAUUUACAUUCAGCGCCAUCCCAGCGGAUCAGCACGGCCAAAUGUUUUUCUUUUAACCUCCAGUAUCCAGAGCUGUUUAAAGAGCGAUGCCACCCAGCUCCCAGGGAGCACGGGCCGGAUCUGGAUCCUCCCCCAGCUGCAGUAAACACAGUUAUGCUCCCUUACCUAUCUCAUAAACAGUUACAGCACCACUGGUGCACCGGGACCACUUCCAAAUCCAAAUGAAGAGAAAAACAGGCAUUCAUGUUCUUAGUUUUGUGUGAAAUAGAAGCCAGGAUGAAUGGGCGAGGACGAAGGAGGAACUUUGACCAGGGACAGUGAAGGUGUUACAAGUGUUUUCAAAGUUCAGUCUCUGCUCAACUUGACUUUCCCAACCUGCAGACCCGUAGAAGGCCCUGUCGGAGCCU